CUCACAUUUGCCGUCUUUCUGUCAUUUAUUUGUACAGUAUUUUUACAUCAUGGAUGGAAUUAUUGCAAUCAACAGUGUGCGACUGAUCAUUAUGGCGUUGGUCGGUAUAACUGCCCUGUUCCAGGCCUUCAAACGCAAAUUAAUGCAACCCUAUACGAACAUCAUCGUUGCCUGUGCAUGUAAUACUGCAGUAGUAGCGGUUGCGUUCGGGCAACAUUUCGCCAUCACCGUUGUAAUGGCAAGCAUCCUUCAAGUAAUCAAUAUCUUGGGUAUCUGCUACAGCUGGCUAGUCUUUUUCGAAUCCGCGCGGCAGUUGACUCUAUGGCUGAACUUCAAUGGCCAUCCACCUUCAGCUAUGAUCCGGAUUGUCGUCAGCAGCGGAUACCUGUGGACGUUAGUGAUGACUGCAACGACCGUUGCUCACGCUUCUCUUUUAGCGAGUAUGAUAAAUGGUAGUUCAUCCUACGACUAUAGGCCGCUGAAUGGACUCCAAGGUUUCUACAUCUACGGCUUGAUCGCCUUUCCCAUAUUUGCCAUCUGCCUCUUGCUGAUGCUAAAGGACCAUAUUCUCCAUCUCAAGGCUUUGUGUGGCUAUAUCUUCUUGUUAGGCUCCUACAUAAUCGCCUUUAUGGUUAUUUCCUCCUCCGCCGUCGUAAGGAGAAUGGAGUGGGAUGGAUUGGCGGCAAUCCAUGUCGUAUUUGGCACCCUUUUCGUGGCUUCCGCAUUAUGUAUUUUCAUUUGGAUCGGACCGGCUUACAAUCUUGUCCGCAAAGAAGGUCUCCAAGUCCCUCCCCAAGGUGGAUUACCAACACAAGCCAUGCACCAAAAUAAUAACUUUGGACAGUUCAACAACAUCGGUCCAGGUGCCUUCAACAACGGGUUCAACGGCAAUUUCAAUCCUAAUAUGCCUCCGUUCAAUAACCCGGCUUUCAUUAAUGCCGCAUUUAACAACAACGCUCAAUUUGCUAACAACGGCUACAACGGAAAUGUCACUCCAGGUGUCAACGGCCACAACAGUACGAUGCCUUUCAAUAAUGGUAUGCCAUUCAAUAACGGUAUGCCCUUCUUUUUCAACGGUGUCUGGUUUGACAGCACCGGCGUGCCUCUCAAUAGUCAUCUUAACAAUAACGCGCAAGCGUUGAAUGGCAAUGGAUCCAACAAUGCAUCUGGAAAUGGAUUUGGCAACGGUGACAACACCAACAGCGGACCUGCUCUCCCCAUGCAGACACAUAGCGGACAGAAUGAGCAGACUGAAAGCAGUAAACUCAUGGUCGACGGAUCGCCAAACGCAUCUUCUGGUGCUGGUCCGUCUUAACAGCAAGCGAUGCCGGAUGCGAUCCUGAUGAUAUAGCUUGCUGGAUGGACAGUUUAAUUUUUUGGUUUAUGCAUACUACUUUCGCCAUUAUACGAUUAUGUUAUUUCUUAUUCUAUUCUUCUUAAACUGUUAUUAUUUACUACCAUUAUUCUUAUUAUUUUAUUUCGUACGUCCGAGCCCAAUAAAAA